AUGCCUCCGACGCCUCCGGAGCCCGGGAAGCCGCCGCAACGGCUGCAGGAUCCGUUGCAAGAUCGGCCGGUGAAAGAGGUGCCUUUGCCACCCGCCCAGCUGUUGACUGCAGAAACCUUUUACGAGAAGAAUGGUGAGCCAAAUAUGUCGGUGCUGAUGGAGCAUUUGAUUUUGGAAGGAGCUCUGUCUCAAGAGCUCCUCUUGGACAUAAUAAGCAAGGCGUCAGACCUGUUCAAGGAUGAACCCAACUUGUUGAAACUCAACGAUCCCAUUACAGUAGUUGGAGACAUCCACGGUCAGUAUUACGACCUUGUGAAGUUGUUGGAGGUUGGUGGGCAGCCUGGUGAGACGCAGUACAUAUUUCUAGGAGACUAUGUCGAUCGUGGCUCCUUCUCCGUCGAGGUCGUUGCCGUGCUGUACUCCUUGAAGAUCAAAUACCCUAAGCAGGUACGAAUGCUCCGAGGAAACCACGAAUGCCGACAGAUGACGUCGUUCUUCAACUUCCGUGAGGAGUGUGAGUACAAGUACGACAUCGGAGUUUACAAUGCGUUCAUGGACUCCUUUGACAACCUGCCUUUAGCAGCCACCAUCAAUGGCAAGUUUCUUUGUGUUCAUGGCGGCCUCUCUCCUGACCUUGGCAACGUCAAGGCCAUUACAAAGAUCAAUCGCUUCACUGAGCCUCCAAAGGAAGGCCUCUUAUGUGACUUGUUGUGGUCGGAUCCGCUAGAACCCAAAGACGGAGAACAGCGGCCCAGCGCCAAGAAGGGCGGCCCGCCUUUCGUGCCGAACGAGGUCCGCGGCUGUUCGUAUUUCUACAGUUUUGACGGAGCGACGACAUUUCUGAAGAAGAACAACUUGUUGUCGAUCAUUCGGGCUCACGAAGCUCAACUCGAAGGCUACAAAAUGCACAAGACGAAUCCAAGCACAGGCUUUCCUCUUGUCAUAACAAUUUUCUCCGCGCCGAAUUAUUGCGAUGUUUACAACAACAAGGGAGCCAUUCUCAAGUUUGACAACAGCACCUUGAACAUCUUGCAGUUCAACUGCUCACCGCACCCCUAUCACCUGCCGAACUUCAUGGAUGUUUUCCAGUGGAGCAUGCCCUUCGUCAUCGAAAAGGUGACGGAGAUGCUUUACUACAUCCUGCAGCCCGCAGCCGGAGCGGUGGAUUCCGACGAUGACUCUUCCUUGCCCACUCUGCCUGACUCCAACUGGGUCAACCACAGAGCCUCCCUGACCGACGACCAGAAUCAGACGGUGGACAUGGCCACACGCUUGGCCGCGUUGAUCGCGGGCGAGAAUGCAAGGGAACAACAAGCAAGUGGUUCAAAGGUCGACCCAGAGGUUCGAGACCGAAUGCGAAAGAAAGUGCGAUCCAUAGCAAGGAUGGCCCGCAUGUUCAAGACUCUCAGACAGGAGAACGAGACGGUCGUGCGUCUAAAGGGCGUUUGCCCCGGCCACAAGCUGGCACCAGGGCUUCUCCUUGCGGGCAAGGAGCGACUGACCUCUGAGCUGGAGCUCUUCAGCCACGCCCAGGGCAUCGAUCUGGUGAACGAGAAGCGGCCGGAGGAGGGCAAGUCCGGCCCUGGGCUCAACAGCCCGACGGACUUCCGGGAUGCCGGGAUGAUGAGCGACGGCGAAGUCAGUCCCUGA